ACACGGUGACAAUGCAGUAUGAAGGAGGAAUCUUCCACAUAUUGGAUUGGGCUGAUAUUGUUAAUGCACACAUAAUCUCAGGUCCUGGAAUUGUGGAUGGUCUGAAAUUGAAGGGUUUGCCUCGUGGUAGGGGCAUGUUGCUACUUGCUGAAAUGAGCUCUGCCGGUAACCUUGCCACAGGAGACUACACAGCUGCUGCUGUAAAAAUUGCAGAAGAGCAUUCUGAUUUUGUCAUUGGUUUCAUCUUGGUCAAUCCGGCAUCAUGGGCUGGGGAACCGGAAAUCCUGCGUUCAUUCAGGCAACCCCUGGUGUCCAAAUGGUAAAGGGUGGUGAUGAUCUUGGCCAGCAGUGUAACACACCAUAUUCUGUAAGUAUUUUAUCCCGUCAUCACUCCUUCUACAAUCUUUUGUACCAUGAAGCUAUUGUGUACAUGAACUUUCAUUAUCCUUUUCGUCUUGAACAAUAUUCCAGGCCAUCUUCGAUAGGG